GAGGCGUCGUCGUGGAGUCACAUGCUCCUUUAAAACUUUAAAACUAAAAGUAUGCAGCUGUUGCUCGCACUGCAUCAGGUUAAAGUUGAACCACAGCCUGCCGCGAGAGAGAGAGCGCGCGCGCGAGAAACAAAGGCAUCGUCGCUUAUUGUUAAAUCCCGUCUCGCGCGUGCACGGACGUGAUACAUGAACGUCAAGACGCUGUGUGGAGUUUGUGUGAAAGCUGUCCUAAUGUUUCCAAGCGUCCCCAGAAUCUGGCGACGUGGCCUCUUAAUAAGCUGCGCUCUUCUCCUCGUUAAUGUCACGUCUAAAACACCCUCCGGCUUUUAGUUUUGUGUCCUCCUCGCUACGCAAAUGAUCAGAAAAGCUCCUCUGCAGAUGCGCUGUAGGACUGCGGAUCUUCCUUAAGCAUUCGACUCAAAAAUACACAUCCGUGCGAUACAUUCCGGGUGAGUCAGUGACAAGAGUGUUCUUCAAGGUGAUUUUUGGGGGAAACGUUCGAGCCAUCCUGAUUUUUCGAGGGGAUUCAUUCUUCGGAGAAUGAUGUGGGGUGGAAGAGGAGCAGCUUGGCUUUGGAUUUGGGCCUGUUUACUGGUCACCAAUGUUCUGGCUGGUAAAAGCUCUAGUCAGAAUGCAGAUGAGCAGAAGGACAACACCACAGUGUUCACCAGGAUUCUGGACAGCCUCCUCGAUGGUUAUGACAACCGUCUUAGGCCUGGUCUCGGAGAGCGUGUAACCGAAGUCAAGACUGACAUUUUCGUGACGAGUAUCGGGCCAGUUUCAGACCACGACAUGGAGUACACCAUAGAUGUGUUCUUCAGGCAGAGCUGGAAGGACGAGAGGCUGAAAUUUAAAGGCCCAAUGGCUGUGCUCCGUCUCAACAACCUCAUGGCUAGCAAAAUCUGGACCCCCGACACGUUCUUCCACAACGGCAAGAAGUCUGUUGCCCAUAACAUGACCAUGCCCAACAAACUUCUGCGGAUCACAGAGGAAGGGACUCUGCUUUACACCAUGAGGCUUACAGUCAGAGCUGAAUGUCCAAUGCACUUAGAAGACUUCCCAAUGGAUGCCCAUGCUUGCCCUCUCAAAUUUGGCAGCUAUGCCUACACCAGAGCUGAAGUGGUGUACGUUUGGACUCGAGGGGCGGCGCAGUCCGUGGUCGUGGCUGACGAUGGUUCUCGUCUCAACCAGUAUGACUUGAUGGGACAGAGCGUAGACUCGGGUGUGGUGCAGUCCAGCACUGGAGAGUAUGUUGUCAUGACAACACAUUUUCACCUCAAAAGGAAGAUCGGUUACUUCGUCAUCCAGACGUAUUUGCCGUGCAUCAUGACUGUGAUCCUGUCCCAGGUGUCCUUCUGGUUAAACAGGGAAUCUGUCCCUGCCAGAACUGUGUUUGGAGUGACCACCGUCCUCACUAUGACCACCCUAAGUAUCAGCGCAAGAAACUCUCUUCCCAAGGUGGCCUAUGCCACAGCUAUGGACUGGUUCAUUGCUGUCUGUUACGCCUUCGUCUUCUCGGCUCUCAUUGAGUUCGCCACUGUAAACUACUUCACGAAGAGGGGUUACGCCUGGGACGGCAAAAGCGUGGUGCCAGAAAAGCAAAAGAAGAAGAAAGAGUCUUUACUAAAAAAGAACAACACCUACACCGCUGCCACGGCAACAGCUUUUGCUCCGAACAUUGCCAGAGACCCUGGUUUGGCAACCAUUGCUAAAAGUGCCCCCCCUCCCCCAACCGAGCCCAAGGAAGAGCCAAAACCCAAACCUCCAGAGGCCAAGAAGACCUUCAACAGCGUGAGCAAGAUCGAUAGGAUCGCCAGAAUAGCUUUCCCACUGCUAUUCGGAACCUUUAACUUGGUGUAUUGGGCAACUUACUUGAAUAAAAAACCCAAAUUACAGGGUAUGAACCUACAACCACACUAAUUCUAUCUCCUCCGUUUUUCCUUUUGCUUUCUCUUUGUUUUCAUACGUUUCUAACACAAAAACGGCGAAAAGAAACAAUUUGUUUCAACGAUAGUCAAGUUCCCACUUUCAAGUUUGUGUAAUGUAAAAUGUAACAUACCGUAUCUUCCUAUAUGAUAAAAAAGAGGGACGUAUAUGCAUACAGACACAGUAUAUCAUACCUGAGAAAUCGCUAUUCCGCAGACGCACAUAGAACAAUAGUUUUAAACUCUCUUCCUAAAGGAAUAGUUCACCCAGAUAACGAUAUUAAACUUCUCGUCGUGUUGUUCCAAUCACACAAUGAGAAACGAUGUUGCUUUUUUGUUAAAAUGGCAGUUUA